UCUAUAGGAACCAUUGGUCAGGAAACGAUGUUCCACACGGACUCUUUCAUGGCGCGGUCGAGAUGUUUGUUUUCGUUACCAUCAUAAUUGUCUUUGUGACUUAUACUAUUUCUAUGAAGCUUGUGUAUUACAGAUACAGUCAGUUAUGGCCACGCUUACGGAAUAAAAUAUCCACCCCUUUAUACACCGUUGGAAGCGCGAGUUUUUGUCCAACACAAGAGAGGUCCAGCGCGCUCUUACGGAACUCAGAGGAUGACAAGCCGCGCGUUCCAGCCAGCGAGACUCGAGCUCUGUUAGUCACUGCACAUCCAGAUGAUGAAUGCAUGUUCUUUGCACCUACAGUCUUAAAACUUGUUGAAUCACAAGCAGCUGUUUAUUUGUUAUGUUUGUCGACAGGCAAUUACAACAAUCAAGGACUACAGCGCAAAGGAGAACUGCUUGACAGCUGUGCAGUUCUGGGAAUCCCAUCUGAUCAUGUCACCAUCAUUGAUGACAAAGAGCUUCCAGAUGACCCCGCAGUCCAGUGGAGCACUGCACUGAUCUCCUCUCUGAUCCUCAAACACAUCCGAAACUACAGCAUAAGUUUGGUACUGACAUUUGAUGGCAGCGGUGUGAGUGGACAUGCAAAUCAUAUUGCCAUCUACAUGACCCUCAGGCAUCUAGCUUCUGCUGGACGACUACCUGAAGGUUGUCAGAUCUUCUCUCUUCACUCCAUCAGCUUACUCAGAAAGUACGUGUCAGUCCUAGAGCUGCCGGUCAGCUGGCUCCUCCCCUCUGAUUUCUGCUGCAUCAUUGGAUGGGAGGAGUAUAAACGUGCCAAGAAAGCCAUGCUCUGUCAUCGCUCUCAGCUGCUGUGGUUUCGCCGGCUCUACAUACUUUUCUCACGCUACAUGCUUGUAAACACAUUCCAGGCCAUCACCGUGGAAACAAAGAAUGUGAAGAUUUAUUAGCUUAGAUUGUUUUGGGCACUGUUCCUGUCCAUGUAGGACUAAAGUUAUGCACUGAAAUUUUUAAAUAAAGGUUUACUUCACGUUUCUUAACUUAAUUCCAAAUAUAAUGUCAUUAAAUUACUGUACAGUGACAGCACAUAUCAAUAAGGUUCAGUCAGCUUAUCCAACCUGCAGACACUAAUGGAGAACUGCUGGCAUAAUGAACCUGAGAGACUUUAUACCAAACAAUACAAUAUUCUGAAAGCCAGAUAUCUGGGGAGGUUUAGGUUUAGGGGAGUUAAGCGCUUUAACAGAGCUGUUAAAUCCAAAACACAGAUUGUGCCUUUGAGUAUGCAGGGGAUGAAGGACAAAAUGCAAUUGUGUAUAUUGUUUACAUUUUCUGUUACUGUUGUUAUUGAUUUAUUAAAGUAGAGUUCCAAGUAAAGCACUGUUCCAAAUGGAUCAAUAAGUACUGUACCAAAUCUUAUGAUUCAGUAUGGUUUCAAAACUGACAUGUAUUUCUGAUUUCUUUGAGCGAAGUCUGUAACUCUAUUAGUUUAUGUUCUGUGAUGACUUCAAACAUAUGCCAAUGUAGAGCAAUGAAAAACUUUUGUUUAAAAUAAAUUUGAUAAAGAGAAAAAAAGAUGAA